AUGCCCAAUGUCCACAUUGUCAAUGACAAUGCUUCCUUUGUUUCAAGUGACACCUUCUCUACUCGAGAUUCAGAGCAACCACGAAACUUCCUCCGUCGAACAAGCACAGUUUCCCAGCUCACAAGAAGGGUGUCGAAGAGAAUAUCUCAAACAAUCCUCAGGACCGGAGGUCAAGAACAUCAGCUGAGCGAAAUGAAUCUCAAAAGCCUCAACGACCCAACAAUUAUCGACUCACACAACCUAAGCUCGCCAGCUCACCGAGCUCAUGAUGUUAGGAUAUACGACCAUAUUUAUGAAGAGAUCGAGGAGGAAUGCCCUGCUCUUGACGUAGGAGCAGUGAGAGAGAUGCGUCUUCAACAAUCAUACGCUGCCUUCUGUCAAAACUUUACGCUAUCGGGGAUGACAACAAUGAGUAGGACGUUCGACUUAUCAAUGGGAAUGGAGGCGGCAAAGGAACACAAAUGGGCCUCUCACACAGACCAGACUCUCCAAGGCAAUGACACAUCUGAGCUUUUGAGUUCUGAUACCGAUACCGACCACAUAAGGGCCCGUUCAAGGCCCAGCCCAGACACCGUCGCAUUUCCAAUAUCAUGCCUAUCUACAGAUCUUGACAAGAAACCCAUAUCACACUCGACAACCGUCGAUGGACCCUCUUUGGACUUGCCAGUCAUAGGGCGGGCAAAAGUCGAGACAGAUUACAAGAUAAUACCCACCUCCAAUCACCCUCAGCCGCCACCUCACAUCAUCACCCCAACUGGCUGGAUGGACAUGCAGCGCGAAAAGCGAGAAAGCAAAGCAUCUCGACGGCAUAAAGUCAUAUUUCCAAUACGGUCGUGGUUUAUGACAAGUCAGCCCUCCUGGGGGCGGAGGUAUGAAGUCCUUGAAUAA